AUGAAUCUGAUAAUUCAGACACAAGUAUAUGACUCGGUUCAUAUAACUUAGUUUUAUGGAACUGAUCCAAAAGUUACGAUGUCUCUAGAGCUGAAGCUUUUACAGACAGCCAAUCCACCUGACUUCAUUUCUAAGAAACAAAGAUAGCUGCCUCUUCCAAAGCUGUACAAAAGAACUUGGCAUACUUAAUAUCUCAAAGUCCCUUCCAAAUAUAAUGCUUUGAUGUGGAUUCACAUCCUUGGACCCUACAUGAAUCUAACUUCUGGCUUCAUUAAACUUUCUCCAAAAUAAUAUAGUAAUAUGAAAUUUUUGACAAAGACUUUUUCUUAGAUUUAUUCUUUUUCAUUAGAUGAUAAUGAUAAAUAGAUGCACCAAAAAUCAGCUUAUAAGCAAAUCACUAAAAUCUUGGAAUUUUUAUUUUUUAAUAAGUUUGACUUUACAAUAAAUAUUAUAAAAUUUAAAUUUGCCAAAUUAAUUCUAGUAUAUUUUACCAAUUCGUCAUGUUAAUAUGGAAUCAAAUAGUUUAUAUUAUCUUUUGCAAAAAUUAAUUUAGUUUUAUUAAUCGAUUAUUUUUGA